AGACAGAUUAUAAUUGACUUUGACAGCUACCUACGUAAAAUUGUAUUAGAUUUUGAUUUGAAAUAAAAAAUAUUAGAAAAAUAGUAAACAGAAUUUAGAAAAAUUUUGAACAACUAACAAUAAAUAAAGAAGAAAUCCGCUUAAUACAAAAUUACAUACCUAGGUACUUUGACUUGACAUCUGACUAUCAAUAAUUACCAAAAAUGUUGGAGAUUAUAAAUGGAUAUCUGAUGGUCUACUUCAUUUUUCUGUGUACUUUGAGUGUUUUAGUACCUUACCUAACAAAACCUAUCGUGGCUUGCUUUGUGAGACCUUCCAAUGACGAGCGUACUGUUUGGUCCGAGAUUUUAAAACUGAAAUCAGCUCAACAAAACAUAUCAAUGAAAGAAGAGUUUGCUGCGUAUUCUAAGAUACAACGAAAGAUUAACAGGUUGGAGUUGCAAUUGAAAGAUGACUCCCAGACACGAAUGAGUAGAAGUUUGGCGAUCAAAAGCUCGGCGCAAAUUGCAUUUCAAGUGGCUGUGGGUUUAGUAACAGUCCUAUCUGUAAUUUGGUUUCGUCGUGAGCCUAUAGUGGCAUUGAAAGGGGAUCUAUUCCCUCUUGGAACUGUACUCCGCUACCCUAGUGAAAUGCCCAAUGCAAUCUCAACUCAUAUGUGGGUUCUCAUGUCAAACUUUUCUAUAAGAACUCUUCUAAAACCCAUUUUAUCUUAGCUAGGUUUGCUGUUGGUAGUGUGACGACUGACGAUCCCUAGGACAAAUGUUAUUCUGCUUACAAACACAUUUUCAUCAGGAAUUAAAAGAUGCCAAUUCAGCUGCUGCUUUGUAGUAGUAAAGUUGGUAAAAAAACACACCAAUAUAAGUUACAUCAAAUCAAAUCAUUUAUUCAAAAAUUAGACCUUCACGGGCACUUUUUCAAGUAAAAUUUUAUAUUAUAAUUUCUCAAAAGCUACAAACUACUGGCAUUUCAGAACAACCACUGCUGAGCUCAUUUGAACAGUGUUGGUCACUAUCAUGCCAGAAGUAAUCAUUUAAAAGCCUGCUUUGUUUUUUUUAUACUGAAAGUUUUAUUUAUUUUAGUAAUGUAAGACAUUUAGGAAUAAAAAGGCAAUGUUAAUUUUGAUCAUUUAUUUGUUAAACAAAAAUUAAUAUUUUAUAUUCAGUCCAAGUCUGACCCUAAUAAUAUUUAACAUUUUUAUUACUUAUAUACUUUCCCAUAAUAUGCUUCUUGACUAAAUCAAUGAUUCCAAUUCCCAAUUCAAUAGUUCUUUUUUUGCUAAAAUUAGCAUUAAUCAGUUGACUGAAUAUAAACAAUAUGCAGUAAAAAUAACAAUAUACAAUUCCCAAAAUGAUGUGUGGCUUGACAAUAAAGAAAUUCCAAAAG